AUGAAGGAGAAGGACAGGGUUGUUCUUAUGAACGCCCCAGUGGCUCCUUCUGGCCUGUUCGGCGACGCGGUAGACUCUGUCGUCGACAGGUACCAACAGGCUCGCGCUCAGGCUGCGGCCUUUCAGCGGUUUCUCCCUCGUUGCUCUCGUGGGGCUGCCGGGCAGGGGCAGCCCCCUCCGUGUAUGGUCGCCUCCCAUAGGGAGGCGCAGAAACAGAGCGUCGCCUCCCGUGCUCCCCCGAGGCGGGACCGGGAGUCUCGACGGCGCUCCAGGUCCGGUCCCUCCGACACUAAAACGGAUCUGAGGACCGGCGCAGCGGUCUCCGGCGAGCACUUCUCCCAGCUCUCGCCCGGCAACGUAGCGGGUCUGGGAGGCUCGCGGCCUCCUUGGAGGCCUGCCGAGCAGCUAGCCCGGGCGUUCCCUGUCGGUUCGCCGCUCCAGGGCGCCAAGCUAGCCGCUUCUGUCAUGCCAGAGGUCAGUCUCGAGAGGCUGAUCCCCUUAGUGAGCUUUUUGGCAGCGUGGAAACUUCUGCCGAAUGUGUCUCAGUGGGUCCUGCGUACCAUAGAGAGAGGCUACCGAAUUCAGUUCGGCUUUCCUCCGCCUCAUUUCUCCGGGGUUCUUCCCACCUUGGUGGGCCCCGUGCAGGCUCUGGUGAUGGAACAGGUGUGCACUCUCCUGAGGAAGGAGGCCAUCGAGGUGGUCCCUCCUCACGACAGAGGGUUUUACAGGCGCUACUUCAUUGUUCCCAAGAAGGAUGGGGGGCUGCGUCCUAUCUUGGACUUGCGGCAGUUGAACCUCUCAGUCGCUCGACUGAAGUUCAGGAUGCUCACGGUCACUCAGGUCGUGCCUCAGAUCAGGUCCGAGGACUGGUUUGUCACGAUCAACCUAAAAGAUGCAUAUUUCCAUAUCUCCAUCCUUCCCCAACACAGGAAGUUCCUGAGGUUCGCUUUCGGGGGCGAAGCUUACCAGUAUCGGGUUCUUCCUUUCGGCCUAGCACUCUCACCCCGCACCUUCACGAAGUGCGUGGAUGCUGCUCUGGCUCCUAUGCGACUCCAGGGCAUCCGCAAACUGAACUAUAUUGACGAUUGGUUGAUAUUAGCUCGAUCAGAGCAGUUGGCGGUUCGGCAUCGAGAUGUCGUUCUCACCCACAUGAAGAAACUGGGGUUAAGGCUUAACGCCGGGAAAAGUGUGCUUUCUCCGGUUCAGAGAACCACUUACCUGGGCGUGGUGUGGGAUUCAACCACGAUGCAGGCGCGUUUGUCUCCCGCUCGGAUAGAGUUGAUCCGCAUGGCAGUCGCGAGAGUGAGGGAAGGCCGGUCACUCACUGUCAAGCAGUUCCAGAAACUGCUGGGGUUGAUGGCAGCAGCGUCCAUCGUAAUAUCCUUUGGCCUGUUAUAUAUGAGGUCCUUACAGUGGUGGCUCAAGACCAGGGGGUUCUCCCUGAGGGGAAAUCCGCUCCGGAUGAUCAGAGUCACGAGGCGGUGCCUGCGGGCUCUAGACAUGUGGAGGAAGCCUGGCUUCUUGUCUCAGGGCCCGGUGCUGGGAGCUCUGGUAAUCCUCCUCGUAAUGCUAGCGACGGACGCGUCCCUCACCGGUUGGGGAGCGGUCAUGAGUGGCCGCUCAGUCUGUGGUCUGUGGAGUGGCCGCCGUCUCACUUGGCACAUCAACUGCCUGGAGAUGCUGGCCGUGCUUCUAGCACUAAAACAUUUUCUCCCGGACCUAAGAGGUCGUCACGUGUUGGUGCGCACCAACAACACGGCAGUGGCCUAUUACAUCAACCACCAGGGAGGUCUGCGUUCGCGCCUCCUUUACAGGCUGGCGCUCCAGAUCCUUGUGUGGUCCCAGGGAAAGCUCCUCUCGCUGAGAGCAGCUUAUAUCCCUGGCCGUCUCAAUACGGGAGCAGACGCCCUGUCGAGGCAGGGGCCGAUCCCCGGGGAAUGGAGACUCCACCCCGAGGUGGUGGAGCGGAUAUGGCGGGUGUUCGGUCGAGCUCAGGUCGACCUGUUUGCAACACAGGAGACGUCGCACUGCCCCCUUUGGUUCUCUCUGACUCAUCCAGCUCCCCUGGGACUGGAUGCUAUGGCACAGGCGUGGCUGAGGCUGCAUCUGUAUGCCUUUCCCCCGGUCGCUCUGCUCCCGGGAGUUCUGGAGAGAGUGCGCCGGGACGGGGUCCGCCUGUUGCUAGUAGCCCCGUUCUGGCCGGGCCGAGCGUGGUUCUCGGACCUGAUUUCCCUUCUCGACGGCUCUCCAUGGGAGAUUCCUGUCAGGAGGGAUCUCCUCUCACAGGCGGGGGGCGACAUUCUUCACCCCCGCCCGGAGUUGUGGAAGCUUUGGGUGUGGCCUCUGAGGGGUCGUCCUGCUACUAAGCAGACCCUCAGCCGGUGGAUCGUGGAAGCCACGUCCCUGGCCUACGAGUCCUCUGGCCUCCCCUCGCCCCUGGGGGUCAAGGCUCAUUCGACUCGAGGUGUGGCGGCCUCCAAGGCCUUCUUGGCAGGUGUGUCCAUGCAGGACAUCUGCAAUGCGGCGGGUUGGUCCACGCCCCUCACUUUUACCAGGUUCUAUGGCCUGGAUAUGCGAGCCACUCCUGGCUCUUCUGUCCUUUUGCCUUAG